AUGGUGGCUCGAAUUUUCCACAGAGUGCGUUCCCUGCUAGGUUUUUCCAGACCGAGUCCGCGCCCACAUGAAACCUACCCUAUCCACUUUAUAGAUCAAACUCCAAUUCUCCGAGAUUCAAUCAUCACUUACACAUUCCGGUAUAACUGCAUCUUGGAACCCGCUAAGCUUCAUGAUGCUUUAACACGUCUACUUAAAGCCGAGGACUGGAGAAAGCUCAGCGGUCGCCUACGUCGCAAUGAUGAUGGAAAGCUUGCUAUCCACGUAUAUGAUAAUGUCAGAGAUCACUCUCUAUUUCGUUUCUCGCAUGCCUCAUACGACGUUCCCGUACGAGAACACCCGCUGGGAAGUCGUCUGCCCCAAUCCACAGGCUCAAGGCCCUCAAUUCAGGAAGGCUGGGAUACCUUCAAAUCCUUCAGCCUGCCACCAGAUUUGCCCGCCGACAUUAGACACUACUUAUCAAGCGAUGAGCCGCUUCUAUCACUGCGAGUUGUCUCAUUCACAGACACAACACUGGUCUCCGUCACAUUUCCCCACGCAUUGACUGACGCAAAAGGAACGGUAGGCUUCCUUCAGGCCUGGUCAGCCAUGCUCCACGAACGCCCCGACCAGAUUCCCCAAGUUCUAGGUGCAAAGAACGAUGUGGCAGCAUCUAUAGGUUCCUCUGACGAUGACAAGGCCCAAGGUCCCCAUGUCCUUGAGCAGUGGCGGCUUCGGGGACUGUCACUGGUCGUCAUGAUCCUACGGUUAACGUGGGAUCUUUUCACACGAAGGAAUGUCCACAUUCGCACAAUCUAUCUACCUGCAGCAUUUAUAGCAGAUCUCCGUCAAGCUGCAUAUGCUGAGUACUACAAAGAAGAUGGAAAUGAAACGAAGCCACCUUUUCUCAGCGACGGCGACCUCAUCACAGCCUGGGUCUCGCACAUGAUAUUGUCUUCUCAAGCCAAAAAGGGAAGCCCUGCUGUAAUCCACAACAUUUUCGAUGCUCGUGGCCGUAUCAAGGGCCCAUUUUCGGCUCCGGGAGUCCACCUGCAGAAUCUGAUUCUUCCUGCUGUCGCCAUUGUAUCAGCUGCACCCGAUGGCGAAACACCCUUGUCCGUGGGACAGAUUGCUUGCCGCAUACGACAAGCAAUCUUGGAGCAGACUACAGACGAACAAGCUCGACGGUUAAUAAGGGUGUUUAGAGAGAGUUUUUCUAGUACAAAGAUGAUGCCAUUCUUCGGUACAGCCAAUUCCACUGUCAUUGCCUGCACCAAUUGGUCCAAGGCCGGAUUUCGAGAGGCUGCGCACUUCGGCCCUACGGCUCAGCCCAGUGAUGGUUCAUCAGGGUCACCCGGAGCCUGUGUAUCAUAUGCAGGGUCUUCACUGACCAACAAAUAUAUACCUCGUGAUAUAUUACUCAUUUAUGGAAAGGACGACUCUGGGAAUUACUUGAUCAAUGGAUACUUGCGUGAUGAGACUUGGGAGUUGAUACAGAAGGUUUUUGAUUCAUAUCAACCUGGAGCAAGUGAAGAGUCAUGA